AAAGUAGCUACCUGGUUUACUCUAUCUCUCGCAGUUGUUAAAUCAAAAUCUAUUGGGCAGAACACGUGAAAUAUAAAUUUAUGACCAAUGAAAUCCUAAGUCGAACACAUUGAAAUAGAAAGUUAAGCAAACGCCAUGUUCUUCAGUUUCAGCUAUACGAAAUCACUCACCGAAAUUGAACCAAUCUGGUCAUGAUCGAUUAUUACCAUUUCAUUUUUAAUUUCCUUAUAGCUAGGGUUAUUUCUUUCAGUUUUUAAAUUUAUUUAUAAUAUUGGGUAUUUCAUGGUAGUUGAUUUUGGAUUGCAAGUUACCGCAUCUGAUUGUUGUAGAAGAGGAACCAAUCUGGUUAUGAUCGAACAAAAUGCCGAAGAAUCAUGAAGAGGAUUCAAUAACUGUUGAUAAUGGAGACGGCGAUGUAACCCUAGAGGGGCAGAGUCUUGCACAUGAGGAAGAACGGAACGUGUUCGAUGCAUCUCAGCAGGAAGCCUCCGUUAAUCAGGAAGAGGGGUCUGCGGAGAUGCAUUUUGUCGAAAGUAAGGAAGAUAUGUUUGUUGAUGCCCCUGAUGAGUUGAAUGUCGAUAGUAGAGAAGCAGUCAUGGCGGCUAAUGGAGCCGAAGUUCAAAAUGAUUCGCAGGAAAAUCUUGACAUGAAAGAGAGUCAGUCGGGUGAAAUGGAGAAUGGAGGAGUAGAUGAUGACAUAAUGAAUGAGCUGGGACGGUUGCGAGCUACGCUGGAGAAGACAAUUAACGAGAAACAACGCUUAGAAAAAGAAUACCAGGAAGAUACUGAAGCCCUUGCAAAAGAAGUUGUUGACCUUCGUCAUCAGAUUAAAACGAUGACUGAUGAGCGACAGCUGUUGACCGGCAAGGAUGAGGAAAGGACUUCGGUUAUUGGUGUUUCGUUGCACGAUAUGAUUAGUGACUGCUCCAAGUUUCUGGAAAUUGUGAAGCAAGAGCAGUUACAGAGUGAGACUAUGAUGAGGGAGCUUCAGGACGUCCUCUGUGCCAAGAAUGGAGAGAUUGAAGAUCUCAAUGCUAAGGUUACUGAAUUUACGUUGUCACAUACUGUUGCUUCAUAUUACUUGAAUUCAGUAGUGGAGGCUGAAUCUGAUGCUCGGCUUGAGAACAAUCAGCACCUUGAGAAUGUUGCCGACAGGAUGUUGAUAUACCUGAGGAAUACAAGUUAA